UCAUUAUAUUUUAUAGUUUAGAAAUAUUAAAAGUAAUAAAUAAAACAUUAUUAAUCUUUCUAUAAUUUCAAAAAUUAGUUGCCAUAAAUUGUUAUUUGUAAUAUUCUUUAGAUUAUAUGGCAAGUGAUGUUUAAUGUUUUUAGACUUACCUUAAAUUUUUAGAUCUAAUUUAAAUAAAUAAAAAUUAAAAACAAUCGAUCAAUCAAAUUAUAACAAUUUUGUUGAAAAUUUACCUAUGAGCGACACGUUACUAGACCUCAAUAAAGUGACUUCUCUUUUAAUAUAUAGGGGAUAUAGUGAAUUGUAUAAACUUUAUCAUAACUAUUUUCAUAUUUUGUAUAAUACUCAUGUGUUAAAUAGUUUUAUUUUUGUCAGUUUUGCCUUGCUUAGCACAUGUGUUCAAGGCACAUUUGCACGUGGUAUUUUAUUUUUCUUUAAAAACUAGGGUCUUAUUUGCGAAAAAGUAUAAAUAUAGCUAAAGUUUGGGAACUUUCUUUUAUGAAGCACAAGGUCUUAGAACUAUUUGGGCCGGGCCUGCUUCGGCCCCUGAAUAGCUGAGCACGGCACCGACAAAGAUGACGUUAGAAAACUGACGUUGGCACCUUGAGAGGAAGAAGAAAGCGUUAUAAAAUACGUAAUAGUUUUAACAACGUUAAGUACUUAAGUUCCUGUGUUCUUGAUAUCAUACGAUGGCGAUCAUCUCUCCUACUAAGUCCCAUCAAGUGUUCUUCAACUACAGAGGAGAGCAACUGCGUCACAGCUUCGUGAGUCAUCUCACUGAUGCUUUUGAACGGCAUGGGAUUAACUUCAUCGUUGACAAAUACGAGCAGAGAGGCAAAGAUCUCAAAAAUAUCUUUGCAAGGAUCGAAGAGUCGAGCAUUGCGCUUGCCAUCUUCUCUACCAGGUAUCCUGAGUCGAGCUGGUGCAUGGAUGAGUUAGUGAAGAUGAAGAAACUAGCUGAUAAAGGGAAGAUCCAAGUCAUUCCAAUCUUUUACAAGGUGAGCGCACGAGACGUGAGGAGACAGACGGGUAAGUUUGGAGAUAAAUUCUGGAAUCUCGCCAGAGCUUCUAUUACUAGCGGAGAUCAGAUCAAGAAAUGGAAGGAAGCGUUGGAAUGUAUAUCAGGAAAGAUGGGUUUGUCGUUGAAAAACAAGAGGUAUGCUUUCCAGUCACAUUCUCGCUCUAGUCCGUUUCCUCCAAAAUCUGAGCAUAUACUUUAUAUAUGGCAGCUGUGAAGCUGAUUUCAUCAAGGAAAUUGUGAAGGAGGUUGUGAGAGUUAUAGAAGCACCUGAACUCGAGGAAAAGGAUAAUCAUGCUGAGAAGAAAAAGAGAACGCAUCGCAGUUGCCUAUGUGAGCUUCCCCAUUUCAAGAGGAGCAAAACCCUAACAGUUUUUUUUUUCUUUUUUUUUUCUUUCUUGUUUUAACCCUAAAAGUCUAGACGUAACUGAAUUUUGUAAUUUGUCAUGUUAAAUUCUUCUCUUUAUCUAAGUGUUUUCUUUCUUUAGCAUAUAUCCAAGGCAGGAGCGGAGCUAUUCAAGGCAUAAUGGGCUCAGCUGACCCCACCAAAUUUACAAAUUUGUUUUCUAUUUAAGUCCCCAAUCUUUUAUUUUCUUUCCUUUUCACCUUCAUUUUUCAGUUUGUAACUUAAAUAUCAUAUAUCCACAAAUGUUAUGUUUUAAAUCCCUUGUAAAUUAAUUAUAUUUAUGUGUUUACUUAUUUUAUAUUAUUUUAAUAUAAUAAUUAAUAUAUAUAUGAUCCCGGUAAAAUUAUUUUCUGGCUGUGCCACUAAUCCAAGGUAUUUUUUUCCUAUAUGAAUAGGAGCAUAGAGAAUGUUUAAUAAUAAGGGCAUCAGCACUGGGUAAUUUCUCAACCUUCUCUAGAUAACAUUAUAAUAGUAUUUUUAACACAGUUUUACUUAAAAUUAAAAUUAAAUGUUUAAAAUCUAAUGCCACCAUUUAUAUAAAGACACAUGUAAAACCAACACUUCAGCCGUUUUUGAAAGUUCCUUGCUAAUUCUUAAAGAUAUGUUUCUCUUUAAAUAUACUUUUUCUCACAUACUUUUAACUUUUUAAAUAUAUUUUUUGGUUGAGAAAUUUGGGAAGAAUUUCGCACUAAUGAUGAUGCCCUAAGGGUCAAAUAUUAUUUACAUGAUACUAGAUCAUGUAUAAAUGCAAUAUGUAUAAGCAUACAAAUUGGGCGUCGGCCAAGUGUUGUUUGAUAUGUAAAUGCAUUUACGUAAGUUCAACAUGUAAAUGCAAUAUAUAUAUAUAUAUGUAAUAUUUCGGCGAAGCAUACUUAAUCUGUUAAUCAUAUCUAUAAAUUCAAUAUGUAAAUGAAAAUAUGUAUAAAUGCAAUAUAUUAAGACUAACAUAAUUCAUAUUGCAUUUACAUGCUAUACAUAUAAAACAAACCUACAAAUGCUGUAGCAACCUUGUAUACACACUCAAGAAAGUAGAAGCUGUCUAUACGAUGCUCUUUCCUUUUCAAAUUCAAGACCGAGUCAAACCCUAAAUCAUAUGUAUAUGUAGUUAUUGAAUCUUGCACGCAAUGUAAAUUACCUGUCUCAUACGCAGUAAACGAGAACUGCCCUGAGUCCACCUUAUCGGCUUCAUGCAACGUCGUCGUCCCAUGUUGGCGGCAUCACCUAGUACCUACUAAUAUUACACAAGAGCAAGAGAGGGAGAACAUUAUUAAUCUAAGAUUGAUAACGAUCGAUGAGAUAAUGUUCCAGUAGUUACUACCAGGGGCAAAUCUAGAGUAUUUAUUUACUGGGUGCACUAUUGGUAAUAAAAAUGAGAUUGGAACUUGGGUUAUUAUGAAUGCCCAAGUUCACAUUUACUAUCUAAUACACCAAAAUUUUAAUUUUUUAGCUAUAAAAUUUUAAUUUUUAAGAUAUAUAUGGGUGCAGCCGUACAGGUGCCACCUCACCACAUAAGGUGGCUUCGCCCCUGGUUACUACCUUGACGCCUUGACGGUGAUUUUCAGAUAAUCAGAAAGAGGAUGAUAUCUUCGUUAGGGUUUACGAUGAAGUAUUUGCCAACGGUUAUUGAGUUUGUAUAUAUGAAUAUUCUCGGACAUGCAUUUCGUUGUCCAGAAUGAGCUCAUACCCGAUUGAUAGUGUUGUAGGAGAUAACAACGUGAGUAUCAAAAGAAAAAAUGAACUCCGAAAAGAAAAUCCAUGGCGGCACUAGAGAGAGAGAGAGAGAUUUUUGCAGUAUUCAAAGUUUUGGACGUUUCGUGAAAAUGUGGCCUACUUGCUUAUGACUGAUCUGCGUUUUGUUUUUAUUGAUUGAUGUGUCUUGUUUUAGCUCUUGCCGCGGUUCAGGAAACAUUUCAACAGGAGUGAUACUCGAUAGCCAACAAUGGUCUUUCUCUCCAUCUCCAGAGGCUGAGAUGCCGUUUGAACUUCCAAGGACCAGGUGAGAUUCACUCCACAGAUAGAGGCUUUAGGAGCAAAGUUAGUUAGUAUUCUCAAACAAAGAGGGCCUUUUGUGGCUUUGCAUUUGAGAUAUGAGAUGGACAUGUUGGCUUUCUCUGGUUGCACUCAGGAAGAAGCUGAAGAGCUCAAAAAGAUGAGGUAACAUACUCUUCUAGCUUUGACCUUUUAUACAAAAUCUUGAUUUCAUGGUUCUCUUUCUAGGUAUGCAUAUCCAUGGUGGAAAGAGAAAGAGGUAGUCUCUAAGGAGAGCAGAGUGUAAGGGCGUUGUCCAUUGACACCUGAAGAGACUGUUUCGGUCUUAAAAGCAUUAGGGUUCCACAAUAAGGAUACACAGAUAUACACAGGGCCGGCUUAACCAUUUCAUAGGCCCUGGGGCAAUUUUUCAAAAUAGGCCCUUAACUCUUAAAAUAUUGUUUAUUUCUAACAAAAUUGUAUAGUUUAUCAAAAUAUGAAACCAAAUGCUUAAAAUAUUAUCAUGCUCACGUACGGGAUUAGAAGUGAUUAGUCGUAUUAAAAACAAUUCUCUCACAUAAAUUAUUUUUAUACCAUCAGAUUUUAAAUUUGUAUUAGCACUUGUUUUCAAAAUGUUGUUCAAUGUUCACCAUGAUACAAUCUAAUUGUCUAGAAAGAAGUGACAUAUAAUUAGGAAUAAAAUUUUGAUCCGUCUAAAAUAUAUAAACCUAGUUACUAAAAGUUUUAUUU